AAAAAACGUUGAACUCAUUUGCCAAAUAGAAAUAGUGUGCAGAGGCAUACUAGCUAAAGACACCAGACAAGCGGUUCAAGUUCUAACACAGUAUGUUUAUUAUUAUGCAAGUCUGCUGGAUAUCAACGCAAAAGAUGUUGUGGUAGGAGUUUUUGAAGACGACCAUCCACUAUGGAUAUUAAGUUUAUUCCUCGUGCCUGCUUUGUGUUCCGGACACACAGUAGUUUUGCACGUUGCUACCAAGUUUGCAGCUAUUGUGGCGUUCAUCGCACAGCUUGCAGUAAAGGCUGGAAUACCUAAAGAAGCUCUUCUGUUAAUACCAUCAAACGAUGGAGAAUUGCAGCAUUAUUUGAGCCAAAAAGAGGUAUCGGUAGUCGCCUUGUUUGUUGAUGUGAUGGAGGAGAAAUAUCGGGGAAUCAACAGCUCGCACAAGAAAAUUUUAAUUUUUUCAGGGCAGAAAACGUCCAUGCUUGUAUUUGAUAAUGCGGAUUUAGAUUCUGCAGUUGAGAAUGCCAUAAAAGCAACGUGGGAUUAUCGAGGAAUGCUUCCAUGGUCGAUAGAUUCGGUUAUAAUACAGGAAAACGUAUUUAAAGUAUUUACCGAAAAGAUGAAAAAUAGACUGAAAUCUUUUCGAAUUGGUGACGGAGAUGAUAAGCUCGCGGAUUUUUCAUAUCCUAAUAAUCCCACUGCCGUGGCUGCAUUGAAAGCCACUGAAAUGGGAAUUGAAGUGUUUCGACCAGAAAAUACUUCUCCCAAUAAUUUUUGUGCAUUGACUCUUAUAAUAGGUUCUAGAAUAAGCACAAACCACGUUUUAACUCCGUCGGAAAAAAACAGCACCUUGACGCUACUGCCCUUUAGAUCAGUAGAUGAAGCAGUUAAUUUAGCUAAUAACAGUAGACAAGGCAUGGGUAUUUCAGUUUGGUCUGAAAAUGUUGGAUUAGUUAAUGAAGUCGCCAGGAAACUCAAGGUGAGCAAUGUCUGGAUUAAUGGGCAUGGUCUUUUCUCUCCCGAUGUGCCACUAACCCCGAUUAAAGAUAGUGGCGUAGGAUACUUUGGAGGAAGACAAGGUCAAAACGAAUAUAAUUCACUAAAUGUGGCUGAUUCAUCUGUACCAGUAGAAUUGCCAAACUCGUUUAAAACUGUCGAUUCCAUAAAAAAUGCAAUAUCUAGUGGUAAAAAUGCUAGUGCUGCAUGGAGCAAAUACUCCAAUUUGGAUAAGGUUAAACAGUUUCUGGUCCUGGCCGAUUAUCUUGAGACGAACAAAAAGAAAUUGAUUAAAAAAGUACCCGAAAAGUGGCUCGCCAGUUUCAAAGCCAAUUUGGACGUAGUAUUAACUGAAUCACAUGAACCUGGAAAUGCAACUGUAGGCGGAUAUGGUGUGACCACAUUAAAAUCUCCUAAAGGAACCAUAGUGAUUGAAAUGCGAAACCCAAUUGACUCCCAUAAUAUAAAGUUACUGCUAGCAAGCUUAUAUGAAGGCAACGCCACUAUUGUGCUUAAUGAGACAUCGGAAACUCAAGACUUUUACUCAGAGUUGUCUAAAAAAUUGCCAGCUGGAAUUCUCACAGUACUUUCGUAUAGCAUAGAAGCAGUAAGAACAGCUUCAAAGCACAAAGAACUAAACGUGUAUUUUUCACAGCAAAAUAUUGUGUUUGGAGCACUUCCUUUAAGCGAGUCUAAGCGUUUUGCGUUGGUACGGAACGACUUGGAUUGGGAGCAAGCUUUUAACUACGUUAGGACAUUUAAAAAUGUCUGGGUUAAUAUUGGACAGUCAAGCCAAUAUAAACUAGAGAACCAUGGCGUUGAUACCUAUGAGGUUGAUUAUCGGGUUUUAAGUACAUUGCAUUUAACACUUAAAGCUUUUCGUAUGAUGUUAAACAGACAAUGUAGGAUAAAAUAUUUCAGAACACUGAAUUACUCCAAUUCGAACAAUGAGCAGGGAAAUGAAAAAAAUGCCUUUAAUAGUUCACAUCUCUUAGUAAGCGCUUUAAUUUCGAGUGUUGGAUAUUACUUUUUCGUAACUGGAAAGAAAAGAUUUGCAGUUGCCGAGGAAGCUAAGACGCACGUAAAAAACGACAUUCGUACAGUUGCUGGACAGUUUCGACCAGAUUUACCAUCGUAUUCUAUGAAGGAGGUAUCUAAACAUGGCACCAAGGAAAAUCAAGUAUGGGUUGUAUAUCGGGAAGGGGUUUAUGAUAUCACGGAUUUCAUCGAACAACAUCCCGGAGGAGAGCAAAUAAUGAUUGCUGCGGGCAGUAGUGUGGAACCUUUUUGGGUACUAUAUGGAAUACAUGUGAAUGACCAUGUCUUCGAAGUCCUCGAAACUCUACGAAUAGGCAACUUAUCAAAAUCAGAUAUAGUCAAUGUGGCUGAUGUGGGAGAUCCUUACGCAAAAGAUCCGAUUCGUCAUUCAGCUUUAAAACCUGCCAACAUGAAACCAUUCAACGCCGAAAUAUCUCCCGCCUUGUUAUGUGAAAGUUUUAUAACUCCAAACGAACUAUUUUAUGUAAGAAAUCACCUACCUGUACCGGAAAUAGACCCCCACUCGUAUGAGUUAGAGCUAGAAGUGGAAGGAAUUGAUAGAACGGCAGUUUUUUCAUUGGACGAUUUGAAAAAGUUUCCAAAAGCCACUAUUACUGCCACAUUGAUGUGUGCUGGUAAUCGAAGAGCCGAAAUGAAAAAAGUAAAAACAGUAAAAGGUUUAGAUUGGGGACCAUGCGCAAUUGGCAACGCAACUUGGAGCGGCGUUAGACUACGAGAUUUACUCAAACAGGUUGGGGUUACUGAAGAUGAAGAGAUAUUGAAACACGUUCAUUUUGAAGGUCUAGACUUAGAUGUAACGGCCACGCAGUAUGCAGCUUCAAUUCCCAUUUGGAAAGCGGUGGACAGGCGAGGCGACGUGAUCUUAGCUUACGAGAUGAAUGGAGUUCCAAUACCACCUGAUCAUGGGUACCCCAUUAGGGUUGUUGUACCCGGCGUAGCAGGAGCGAGAAAUGUGAAAUGGCUUGGAAAGAUUGUAGUAUCAGAAAAAGAAAGUACCUCUCAUUGGCAACAAAACGAUUACAAAGGAUUUUCGCCAUCGAUAGAUUACGAUAAUGUCGAUUUCAGCAAAGCUCCAUCUAUUCAAGAAUUACCUGUUAUCUCUGCAAUCUGUAAGCCAUUAGAAGGAGAAGUUGUUAAAGUGGAAAAUGGAUACAUCAAUCUUAAAGGAUACGCUUGGUCAGGUGGAGGCCAACAAAUAAUUCGAGUUGACUUGACCUUAGACGAAGGAAAAACUUGGCACAUAGCAAGCUUAGAUGCUCAAGAUACAGCUUUGCCACCCCAACACUGGGCUUGGACUCUUUGGUCGGCUAAACUGCCUGUUGCUCCGGAAUUCAAAGAGGUUGAAAUUUGGUGCAAAGCAGUCGAUUCCUGCUACAAUACUCAACCAGAGAGAUUCGAAAACAUUUGGAACUUCCGGGGAGUUCUGAGUAAUGCAUAUCAUCGAGUGAAAAUUAAGUUAAACCAAUAAAUACUCAUUAUUCUUAUUA